AAUUCUUUAGAAAAAGUAUAUAUCUUAACCAAUCGAGUCAGACUCAAAUUGACUAGUUAAUCCAAAUAUAAGAUUAAUUCAAGAAAGAGGAAAAUGGAUGUUAAUUAUCUACUAAGGCAUACUAAUGAGGAGUGGCUUAUCUUCAAAGCAAAGUUUGGUGAUAAUUUUAGAAAUUUCCCUAAAGUAGUAGCUAAGUGGGGAUAAUAAUGAUGCAUCAUUUUCAACCUUCAAUGCGUCUAAAUUGCUCAAAUUCCAAAUACAUCAUUACAUUACCAAACAUUAUACUCAUAAUUCCCACUUCUUCCACUUUAUUUCAUUAUCCCCUUCACUUCCACCCACCAUUCUCUCAUUCCACCACCGCCGGCCACCAUGCUCCGUUGUCAUCUCCUCCUUCUCCUCCUCUGUUCUUCCAUCUCCGUCGCACUCUCCGCCCAUUGCACCACCGUCACUGCCACCAAAACCUUCCAAAAAUGUAUGAAUCUCCCGACCCAACAAGCUUCCAUUGCUUGGACUUUUCACCCUCACAAUGCCACGUUGGACCUUGUCUUCUUCGGCAAUUUCAUUUCUCCCUCUGGUUGGGUCGGCUGGGGAAUCAACCCCUCGUCGCCAGGGAUGACCGGAGCUCGAGUUCUAAUCGCCUUCUCCGAUCCAAACUCCGGCCAAAUUGUUGUACUCCCUUACAUUCUUGACCCAACUGUAAAGUUACAGAGAACCCCUCUUCUCUCUCGCCCUCUCGACAUCCGUCUACUUUCUUCCUCCGCCGCCUUGUACGGAGGCAAAAUGGCCACCGUACACAACGGCGCCGCCCUCCAUAUCUACGCCACACUAAAACUCAUCCCAAACAAAACCAAAAUCCAUCUCAUCUGGAACCGCGGAUUGUACGUCCAAGGCUAUUCCCCAACCAUCCAUCCAACCACGGCCGACGACCUCUCUUCAAUCGCAACUCUCGACGUCGCCUCCGGCACCGCCGCAAGCCAGAGCGACGAAAUCCAAACACUCAAAGUCAUCCACGGCAUCCUCAAUGCCGUAUCCUGGGGACUCCUACUCCCAAUCGGCGCCGUAACAGCCCGAUACCUCCGACACGUACAAACCCUGGGUCCGGCGUGGUUCUACGCCCACGCCGGAGUCCAACUCGCUGGAUUCGCUCUAGGAACAAUCGGAUUCGUGAUAGGAAUCCGAUUAGGGGAGCUUUCACCAGGAGUUGAAUAUUCGCUACACAGAAAAUUAGGGAUUGCGGUAUUUGCCCUAGGUGGAUUACAGACAUUGGCGCUGCUAUUCAGGCCGAAAACUACGAACAAAUUCAGAAAGUAUUGGAAAUCUUACCAUCAUUUCGUUGGAUAUGCGUGCGUGGUGAUCGGAACGGUGAACGUGUUCCAAGGAUUUGAAGCGAUGGCGGCGAGUGGAUCGUACGCGAAAUUAGCGUAUUGCUUAGGGCUUUCGACGCUGGUAGGGAUUUGUGUGGCGUUGGAGGUGAAUUCAUGGGUGGUUUUUUGCAGAAAAUCGCAAGAGGAGAAGAUGAGAAGAGAAGGAUUGAUUGGAGCUUCUGAGAAGGAAAGUGGAAGCUAUAACUAAAUGAAGAACCUGAAGAAGAUGAUACAGAGACUAUGACUCUUUUGCUUUGACUUUUUUUUUUUCCUUCAAAAUAUUUAUAGUGGAUUUUUUUUUUUUUGUUUACAUUUUUUUUAUAAUAUAUAUAUAUAUAUAUAUAUAUAUAUAUAUAUAUAGGAUAAAAAGGGGAGGGUAAAUUGAAUAAUUAGGUAUUCAUGAA